AACCUUAAACCCGUCCAGCUACAAUCAAGAACACCGGUCAAACAUAAUGAAGUGGACGUUAAUUUUAGUGGCGCUGUGCGCCUGUGUGUUAUUGACUGACGCUCGAAGCAGGAACUUUGACGAGGAAAGGGAACUCGACAGGAUUUUGAAAGAACUAGAACGUGAAACGGACAUAAUUAAUCGUGGGGGAAAAGGUCCACGUCCAACAGGCGAUGAAGGGCUUCGUCCAACACCUCCAGUUGAAAAGAGGGGAAAUGGCAAACAUGGCAAAGGAAACAAACGACCAAAGGGUCCACGUCCAACAGGAGAACGCCCAGAUCGUCCACGUCCAACAGGAGAACGCCCAGAUCGUCCACGUCCAACAGGAGAACGCCCAGAUCGCCCACGUCCAACAGGAGAACGCCCAGAGGGUCCUCGCCCAACACCUCUAGUUGAAAGGAGGGGAAAAGGAAACACUGGCGGUAAUAGAAAAGAGAAAAAUGGCGAAGGAAACAAACGACCAAAGGGUCCACGUCCAACAGGAGAACGCCCAGAGGGUCAACGACCAACAGGAGAACGCCCAGAGGGUCCUCGACCAACAGGAGAACGCCCAGAGGGUCCUCGCCCAACACCUCUAGUUGAAAGGAGGGGAAAAGGAAACACUGGCGGUGAUAGAAAAGAGAAAAAUGGCGAAGGAAACAAACGACCAAAGGGUCCACGUCCAACAGGAGAGCGCCCAGAUCGUCCACGUCCAACAGGAGAACGCCCAGAGGGUCCUCGACCAACAGGAGAACGCACAGAGGGUCCACGUCCAACACCUCUAUUUGAAAGGAGGGGAAAAGGCAAAACUGGCGGUGAUAGAAAAGAGAAAAAUGGCAAAGGAAACAAACGACCAAAGGGUCCACGUCCAACAGGAGAGCGCCCAGAUCGUCCACGUCCAACAGGAGAACGCCCAGAUCGUCCACGUCCAACAGGAGAGCGCCCAGAUCGUCCACGUCCAACAGGACCACGUCCACAAGGACCACGACCAACAGGACCACGUCCACAAGGACCACGUCCAACACCAAACGAAGGACCUGGACCAAAUCAACAACUCGCAAACGAAGAAUCGAUGCUCUUGGACAUGAUUCAAAUGUUAAACAAAAGAAGGAGCUAAUCUUUUCAAAUGUUCAUAAAAAAAUAACUACAAACUGAUGAAACUGUUAACAAUUGUUGUCUGAUGAAAGAUUUAUAAAAAUGUAAACAAAAAUUAGCAGAUUUUAAUUGUCAAAAUCUGUUUGUUAACAAUAAACUUGCAAUCAA